UCACCGCCGCCCGUCACACCCGCUCCAGAGUUGACAAAUAUAGCGCCACCCAUAUCGGACUCACUCUCGCCCCCGGAGAUCUGCACCUCUCCACCAUUGCCGGUGACACCAUCAGCACCACGCAGAAGAAUACCGCCACCGCUCUCGCCAGAUCCACUAGCUAUGUCCAUGCUGCCACCAAUACCCUCGGUAGACGUGCCAGCCGCGAUCCUAACACGACCACCUCCUUCUUUCCCCCCAUCGCCACCGUGUAGCUCGAGGGCACCGCCAACGUCGCCCUCUCCAGAUGCGAGUACCGCAGAGCCGCCUGGGCCGUCCCCAUCAUUCGCCGUGCCUGCUUGUAGUGACACUGAUCCACCGGCUCUGGCAGCGAUCGAUACGCUACCGCCAAGUCCACCCGUCGCAGCACCCGCACUGCCACCACCUUCAAGCACCAGGUCACCACCGAAGAUGUCGCCGCUGUCGCCAGAACUCGACUCUGGUGUUGCAAUUGUGACAUCCCCGCCAGCCGAUAUGCCGUCUCCACUCGUAACGACCACCGCGCCACCCUCCCCCGUGCUUGUGCCACCAACAACGGAGAUGGAACCACCAGCGCCUAGUGUGCCAGCACCGCCUUCUAAGGAGAUGACGACAUCUCCCGACCCGUCCUCUGCAGCGCCUGACUCGAUCCGCACAUCUCCCGAACCACCUCCUGAGGACAGGCCCGUAGCAACAGUUACAUCGCCAGAACUGUCGCCGCCAGAGGCAACAACACUGCCACCUGUCGUGUCGGGCCCAGUCAUCGACCCCGCGGUAAGUGUAACAGCACCGCCCACGCCUGACGACCCCGUACCAACUAGGACUUCGACUGACCCCCCGUUGCCGGCAUUUGCGUCGCCUUCACCUCCCACCAAGUUGACAUCGCCGGCCUCGUCGAGGCCUUCACCAGCAGUUACAACAAGGCGAAUAGAGCCGCCGACGCCCACCGUCGACGCCCCUCCAUGCAGCUUUACUUCGCCACCAAGACCAGAACCUGUUGCAUCGCCGCCCUCUAGAAAGACACCACCCGCGUCUCCGUCACCUUUGCCACCGCCGCCAAGGAUGCGGACCUCACCUCCUUCGCAUGCGGAGUCACCAGCUUCGACGAGGAUAUUUCCACCGGUGUCGUCUCCACCC